GCAGAGCUCAGACAGAAUGCAUCUUGUUCCAUCUGUGCAGAUCAUAAGGUUACUAUGACAUGAGCCCUUUGUGUAUAGGAAUGAUGGAUGGUGGUAAAGUUAGUAGUUUUCCUGCUGAAGUAGAUAUGGAUUGCUUUUCCAUAUCAAAUGCCAGACUGAUGUUUUGCUUUGCAUGGAGCUCCUUUCUUUCUCAUCUCCCACAUCAGCUGUUUUUCUUUCCUCACGACUCUGUCCACCCUCCCCUUCCUUCCCAUCCCUCUCUCUGUAAAACCUCAGCUUCUUUCCUAGCUUUCACCCUCCUGUCUUCCUUCUCCUUUCCUUUCUUCCUCCCACCUCCCCUCCCACUCUCUACUCCUAAGAGUGGCGACACGGCGACUGCCUGCGUCAGCCGGCCGUUGCCAGCCAGUGAAGGCUGCUACUGGAGGUUUCCGUAUCCUGCAGAGAGCCAAAUGUUUGUGUGUAAGCCUGUGAGUGUACGCAGAUGGGCGAGCAAGUGAGUCAGGGAAGGCUGCCUCUCAUCUCGCCGCUGUCAUCACCCUCCUUCGCUCUCCCUCCUCUCCUCUCCGUCUCUGCUGCCAUGGAGCUCCAGCAGGCUGAAUCACAACGGCAUCUGCAAAAAGGGCUGAGAUAGAUCCAUGUGUGUCUGUCGUGCUUGGGCCAGUAUGGAGAGUGUGUGGCUAAGGACGUGGACAUCGGGCUCUGCUGUCGUGUUCUUUAACACGUUGGCGUUGUCCUGGACAGGUGCAAUCGAGCCCGCCCUUAAAAUUGAUGGAUGGCACCAGGCGGCUGUGACCCUGCAGGAGAACAUGACACACAGGUUCAACUGCCAGGCAGAUGGCUGGGAUCCUCACACCCCUCCUUUACUGACCUGGUACCUGAACGGGGAGCAGCAGAGAGAGCCGUCACCAAAUCGUGGCCGUCUGGUGAUGACAUCACAAAAAGAUGACAUCAUGAGACCAGGGACCAAUCACAAUAGCACCUUCUCUCUGCGGGCUAGAAAGUGGGACAGGGAGCUGGUGUGUGUCGCAUCAAACCCCAGGACAGGAGAGAGCUACAACGCCACGGUUACACUCAAUGUCCAGUUCCAGCCAGAGAUCCUCAGGGUAAAAGCCUACUACAGUGAAACCUCAGACCCAGGUCUUUCACUGGUCCUCUUCGCCUUGGUACGGUCCAACCCGCCUGCUACCAUCACCUUUGUCGACCAGUCAGGCCAGCUUGUGGCCAACACUACUGAUUUCCUCAUCCUGGAUUCACGCAGCUACCCCUGGCUGACCAAUCACACGCUGAGGGUCACACUGAGUAGCCUAUCAGGGAACAUCUCACUAAAUGCCAGUAACAGUGUGGGAACGGUGCAAAACAACCUCACACUGGCAGAGUUCCUGCAGUCUCGUGUGGAGGUGCCCAUGCUGGGAAUAGUGACUGGGGGAUCCAUGGCCUUCAUGGCCCUCCUCAUCCUCAGUCUGAUAGUUCUUUGCCUCAUGCAAAAAAACAAGGGCAAGUCCAUCGACGAGCCGGUGGAGAUUCUGAUGACUAAGAAAAGUGAGUCAGCAAAUCUGAAGCCAGAGAAAGCAGACAAGUCCCACAUCCCCAGAGAAAAUAUGUCUCUGCCUUCCAACAUGCAGCUCAACGACCUCAGCACUUUGAGAAAAGCCCGAGAGGCUGCCCAGCAAAACAGCGUGGGAAAAGAAAACAAAGAAGAAGAGGAGGAAGAUCUGUCUUUAGCCUACGCAGCAAGAGGUUUUGCCAGAUAUCCGAUGGUGGGCUACAUCUACAAGGUGAACAGCACAAGCAGCGAGGAGAUCUGGCUCUGACUGACCUCAGAAUAACACACACACACAAUACUGAACGUGCAUGCGUAACUACGUCUAACAAUGCAGCUGUCUAAGAGGAAACCCAGAACAACUGCCACUCAUCCAUUCAGCCAACCAUCAGUCACCUUCCAGCUGGAACCAGGGUCCACAAACCCACCUUUAUUUUGGAGAUCUUAUCCUGUUUCUGGACACAUGAAACAAAACAGUCGAUGUUAAUGUCAUGAAGUGAAUUAAGUGCUCAGGUGUUUGCACUGCUGACUUGUUCUCUCAACAAUGCAAAGUAUAACAUGUUAUUUCCUGUAACCACAUGCUUUAAAUGAUGUCCCCCUUGUUGCAUUAACAGAAUGCAUUUAUUGUUCUAUGCUAACACCAGAAUGUUACAUUUUGACCAGUAAUAUCUGCAUAAGAUGGUGCAUAAUUAUAGGAUAUAUAAUUGUUUAUGGACAUGUAACAUGUCAUGUACUGUAUAUUUGUAUGCAUAUGUAUAUGUGUAUAAAAGAGGCGUGUAAUAAAGAAAAUAUUGAGGAUGCUGUGCUUUUAUCAACACUCACCAGGGGGCGCAUCGCUCUCAUGUGAGGCAAGAAAUCUGGUUUUUAACGUCAUGCUGAGAAAGAGUGAAUGUUGUGUGGUGCUGCUGAGGAAGAGGAAUUGUUUAUUUUUCUUUUCCAGAAGCAGGUGCAGGAGAGAAGCAGUGUGUAUUUGGCUUCUGGUGUGUGUUUGUGACAGGUGCUGGCUCUGGGUCACAGGUUGUUGUGGCUUUUCUUCUAACAGGAAGCAGAAUUGUGGUGUGGGAGCAUCUCUUUGCUCUCUGUGUUUCUCUCAGCUACUGCUUCUGGGUUGAACAGGGAAUGGGAGUCUGUUGUAGGGG